AUGGUGAUUCCAUGUAUUCAAUCCAUUCUAUCAAUCCUAAGUUCAAAGUCAUUCUGUGAUGCCUAUACAGUGGAUGCACUGGUACUGGUCAUACUCCAGUUACUAACACUGGACUAUCAUUGGAAGGACCAGUAUAUGAGUCUAUUGGAUAUUAUAGCUACCAGUUAUUUAUCAGUGAACAAUCAGACAUUGUUUAGUGGCCUCUCUCUACUACUGAAAGGAUGGUCAGUCCAUUCUUCUCUUAGUUUGGAUGAAUUUGUUCAACUUCAAGAGAAGCUCAUCUCACACCUUGCAGAGAGACUGGUUGCAAUGGAAACCGACAGAUUCAAUCAAAUGGUUGAUGAUCUCCUCUCAUUAUUAUCCGACGAUUUCACAAUCUUUAACAACCAGUUGCUUCACUUUCUAAUAAUCCCACUGCUAGGCCAUGCCCUUCAGAUUCGAGGCCACGCCCUCCACCUUUCCCUUGCCCUCAAAUUAGUGAAGUACCUUCAAAAAUUCUCUUCAAUUUUAUCGUCUUCUCUGCCUUCAAACGUUCACCUAAUGCCUGUUCUUAAUGUCAUACUCAGUCAUGUGGUGCAGAAAAAAAUGAAGUCUCUUAUUGGAGGGUGCCACACCCACUUACUGCUCUGGCUAAUUAAUAUUUUAAUAGAUUGUACUGUAUCACCAACUGAACUACCACCAAGUCUUUGGCUCCACCCACCAGUGCUAAGCCCCUCCCCCUCCUCCACUAAUGACGAGAAAUAUUAUUUCAUUACUUUUAUUCUGUUUUCGUUAUUAACUGAUUCAAGUGACUCUAAACUGACCACUCCAGUCACUGACCUCUCAAAGUCGUUACUCCAGAAAUUAUUUAAAGUUCAUUUUCAAGGGCGUGGUUCUCUCCUUCGUUUCCUAGCGAUGAUAUGGACCGCUCCCACUGACUCUAACAACACCAAGGGGGCCAGUAAUGGACUACUCAUCACUGAAGUGACUCAGGUCAGAGCUCUAAGGAUAGCCAGGGCUUACCUUCACUCACUAGAUCAUGAGGCCACCAUUGCUAUGCUCUCAGCCUACUGUCCAGUUGUGUCUUCACUAUUGCUCCCAUUGUCGAGUCCUAAUACUCUCAUUCGUAAAGGAGCCUAUCACUGCAUUGAAGCACUCUACAGCUCAGCCACUGUCUCACAACCAGAGGACAAACUAACCCAAAUCUACUCCUCAUGCCCUCUCCUUCAUCUACUGGACUACCUCACCACAUGUAAAGUAUCAAUAACUACCGAUCCCAUUGGACUCCAGUUAGUAUUACAGUCACUCUAUAGCAGUACUGAGGAUGGGAAUAGGAGGGGGACAUUCCCUAGGCUGGCUCCGCCCGAUGUUCCGCCGAGUGCUAAAAAGAGGCGUGGCAAAAAGGCGGAGUCUCUCGAGGAAGGGGAGAGGGUCCGUGAAGCGAUUGUAGAGUCUUUAUUGUUGAUGAUAGUUGGACUGGAGAGAGGACCUUUGUAUAUGAUCAAUCAGUUAUUGAGUAUACUAUCAGGAGUUGAUAUUAAGUGUAAGUUAAGUGGGUUGUUGAAGCUGAUGAAAGAGUUGAUCCAGAAAGUGAAGGAACACGAUGAACAUACAAUGGACACAAACAAAGAAUUUUCUUCCUACCCACUAUCACCAAUAGAGUCCCAUUGUGUCCAGUCGUUAGUGCAGUGCUAUACUCCAGUGGUUGCUUCAUGGCUGGAGACUGAGCCUGAUGCUUUUGAAGUGUUUCUCUCUCUCCUCUCAUCAUCCAUUUCUCUAUCACCCACUGUACCAUCACUGGCUGCACUAGCAGUGAAUCAGAUCACUCCUCAGUUCUAUUCAUCUCUUUCCACUGUUCAGUCUCAGCAGUCAAUACUUCAUUCAGUUCUUAGUCUCAUGAUAGUCUCCAGUAGCUCAGGUCUUACACUGACUGCUAAACAAUGUCUUCAACAAUUGCCUUUAAGUUCUGAGGUCUUGAUAGCUGAACUGUUACUGGAGGAAGACAAACUAAAACCAAAAGAGAUUGACUCAUCUGCUGGCCCUGCCACUAAGAAAAGGAAAUCCAAAUCUCAUUCUAUCAAGGCGGACGAUGGUCCCAAGGGUGACGCCCUGUUACCGUGGAAACGAGUGACAGCUCUACUUGAAGUGAUGACGGUCCUUAGCGAGAGGAUGGGGACGGAGUCACACGCGAUGGUCCCGCCCCUUUUUUUGUUCCUAUUGUGGUCGUUUGAAGCACGAGAGACGAGUAAAGAAGACUCUUUGGACUAUACACAACAACUGGUUCUCUCCAACCUACUCAAGAUAUACAAUAUACUGGGGGACAAGGGUUGUAGAGAGUUGCUUCCUGAAGAGUCUUUCAAUGUUGAGCAAGUGGUUCAGUGUCUCCGUCACUCGUUAAACCCUCAGACUCAGCACCUCUCGCUAUUACUGCUAUCAACCACUGCCAGUAUAUACCCAGACCGUAUCCUUCAUAAUUUGAUGCCAGUUUUUGCCUUCAUGGGAUCCAGUCUCCUCCGUCAAGAUGAUUCUUAUACCUUUGAUGUCAUCAAUAAAACUUUGGAGAGCAUCGUACCAACAUUAGUAAAGUCUAAUUUCUCUUCUUAUUCUACAAAGAAGACAAAAAGGCAGUCACUCUCUGCAGUAAAGCAGGGCAGUGCCAAUCCCCUCCACUGGUCUAUGGCUGAAGUCCUAAGAGUAUUCAUUGAUGCAGUUCCUCAUGUUCCUGAUCAUCGUCGCCUCCCCCUACUCUCUCAUCUCAUUCGUAUAACCACUCCUUCUCAUUCACUGUAUCUUGCUAUUGGGUUAAUGAUUGAGAAAGCUACCAUACAUCAUGGAAUGGAUAGUCUACCAAUGUUGCCUAAAGAUGAAUUACGUCUUACAGUCCGCCUGGCACAAGAAUUCUCCAUUUGUGAUCAGUUGAAUUCAUUGAGCCAGUUACUGCAGUAUUGCAGGGAACACCUACCACAGGACAAACCAGGUUCAAAAGGACUGCGUUCCCUAUCUCCUGAUGCUUGCCUUAUAUUUGAUGUAAGACUGCAUAGUUUAGAGAAACUGAGAAGUUUUAGAUCAACAGUUGUAUCAGUAACAUCACUGAUAUUGGAGAAGAUGAAGAAAGAAGGAAAUAAUGAAGAAAUAGAGAUGAACCAUGAGCUAAUAAUGAAUAUUCUUCAAGAGUGUCUAUACUACAUCAAUGCAUUGAAUAAAUACAAAGGUUCAUCAUCAGGUGAUGCACCCACCAUCAAGUAUUGGGACUCACUCAUUGAUAAAGUCAAAGACCUCAUUGACAAGUUGGUGUUAUUGCUGUCAGAGACUGAUUUCCUCAAUGUAUUAUUACAGUUAACUGAUACCGACUCCACUAGCAGGAAAGCAAUAAUGGUACUUACUAAAAAACUGGAGGACAAGAAAUGGACCAUCACUCCAGAACAGAUUGUGAGUUUUAAUUCUGAUUUAUUUAUUUAUUUGUUUAGUCUCAUUAUCUCUAUAUUAUUCAAUUCUGUUCCACAUAUUGUUGGUGGAACCAUUGGCCACACCCAUCACAUUUGA